GUUGUAGAUUUGUUUGGUGACGUUUUCCCUGUGAAUUUUCUCCAAUUUUCGUGUGUUAUUCGCUACUUAGCCAGGCUGAGAGCCAUGACAUCGCUCUUUGAGAAUCUCAAGAAACUCUACGAGUACGAAUUGUACUCGGAUGUCAUGACAUUGGCAAAUCUCAUUCUCUGCUCGUACGAGCGCCACCGGCUCAUCCUGUCGCACCAGGAGCAUUUCCUCACGCUGAUGUACUACGGAGAUGCGCUGUGGAGUGUACACAGGUACCGGAAAGCCGAGGGACUCUAUCGACAAGCACUGCAGGCCAAGAAGAUGUUGACGAAGCUGAAAUCACCGUCCGGGAAGCAAACUACCGAGCCUGCCGAUCCAUUCCCGGAGACUGAGAUCAAGUUCAAGAUCGCCAAGUGUCUGGUGGAGGUGAAGCAGUCCCAGGAAGCCAUCACAGUGUUGCAAUCCAUUCCAGUGAAGCAGCGAUCGCCCAAGAUCAACGCUCUGUACGGCCGGCUGUCUCAGUACAACGGCCACGACCGCUGCGCCGUGAGUUCCUAUAAGGAGGUUCUCAAGGAGUGCCCGCUGGCGUUGGAGAUCAUGGAGGGACUCCUGCAGCUGGGCGUCAAGGGUAUCGAAGUCAACUCGCUGGUCGUGGACGCAACACACUGGCCGCAGUGCUCGGACUGGUUGACGCACUGGAUCGAGGCGAACUCCUUCAUCGCCUUCCGCAAGUACCCACAAGCCAUCCAGAUCCUGAAGAACCUGGCUGGCGACUCCCUCAUCCAGGACUACAACAAACUGCUGGUCUUGAUCGGCGAGAGUUGCUACCACAACGCGGACUACAACAACGCCCUGAACUACCUGAAGCGCGCGCAUACGCUGCAGCCGCAAGCAACGGAUGGUAUCAUGAUCCUUUCGAGUCUGUACGCGAAGAAGAACAAGAUCAGUGAACUGGAGAAGCUGAUCACGCCGUCGGCGUCCGUGUGGGAAUACACGACGGAGAACUGGUUCAUCAUGGCUCAGUAUCUCUUUGUCACGGGGAAGUACGAAAGGGCGGCAUAUUUCGCGCAGAAAGCGUGCUUUCUGGAUAGCCGGAACAUCGAGGCAAUCCUCCUGAAGGCCAACAUCUUCUUGGAGCUGAAGAAGUACAAAGAUGCUCUGCUGCACUUGCGAACUGUCCAACUGUACGCCCCAUAUCGCUUUGAGAUGUACAAGGGCUUGGUGGACACGUACAUGCGAAUGCUGCGCUUCCGCGAGGCUCAGACCAUGGCCCAAAAUGCCGUGCGGUUUUUGGGCCAGAGUCCACGGACGUUCGUCCUGCUGGCGCGCACGUACGUGCGCGACGUGAUGGUGAAGUUCCAGGCCACGUCGAUGCUGGAGAAGGCGCUGGAGCUGGACGAGAACUACCUGCCGGCGGUGUUCAUGAUGGCGGAAUUGCUGCAGGAGGAGGGCGAGAGCGCGGCGGCGAUCGCGCUGCUGAAGCGGCAGGCGGACGUGCAGCCGAACAGCAAGGUGCACUGCAUGCUGGGUGAUAUCCUGGGAGCGCAGAAGGACUACAGCGGCGCCCUGGAGAACUACACGGUGGCGCUGAGUCUGGACCCGGCGAACAGGAAGGCCAUCACGAGCCUGAUGGCCAUGGGCCAUCCCACGGGCAACACGAAGAUUGAGAACGCCUAUGUGACGCCCAGCACGCCGGAAGAGGGCACGAGCUACCCAUACGAGUUGGAGGAAAUCCCGCCGCCGGACAUUGAAUCUGAGAGCGAGGCGAUGUGGUCAGAUGUAGAGGUUGAGAUCAGUUCGACAUAAAUGAUCAACCCUCGUGUGAA